AUGUGCGUUUUCAACACCUUGAUCACGCUGUCUAUACUCGUUUCUCCAGCUAUUAGCACAGAUCUCAAAGAUCUCACAGGCCGCCCCGGACAUGGCUUGAUUGGAUAUGGCAUUUCUGUUUAUGAUCCAAUUUGUGCGACUACCUGCGCUGAGGUUGUCCCUACAACAUUACAGUGCCGCAAGUCCGACGAAGAUGGUUCUUACCUCUCUACCCCAAGCCCUGAAUGUCUUGCCAGUAAUGAGCCUUUCCUCACGUCAAUGGCAUGGUGUAUCCAUGUUCACUGUGGCAGUGAAGUUGAUGUUUCCAAAAUUGAGUCUUGGUGGCGAUUGAACAUCCCUGGAAGACAGGUAGAUCAACCACUGCCUAGGUUGACUUAUCAGCAUGCACUGUCACUGAUAAAGGAACCACCAACAGAGAUCCUCGAAAAGGGGGCUUUGCUCAAUAGGACAGUUAGAGUGUCCAACGAGUCUUAUAGCGCUCAUCAGCAUCAGCAAAUAGUCUACGAGAACGUCCAGACAAACAGUUCAAAAUAUGGCCUGAUAAUCUUCAUCACCGGCUGCGUCGCACCAGUCUUCAUCUCAUUGAUACGUUUUUUACCGCUCCCAUCGCAGUUCUUCAUUGCAUUGAACGCCCAUCUCAUCGACCCUCCACUUGCUGGAAAACACCAUGCAGUGCCCGUCCUCAGCGCAGGCAUCGUCCCAACCAGGGGCCAAGCUCUUUUCAUUGCGUACAUUGUGAUUGCCAACAUCAUUCUCAGCUCAGUUGGAUACCAGGUCUCUAGGCCCGGAACAAUGCAUCCGAACCUGUCAUACCAGCUUGCUGCAUGGGUCUCGAAUCGCCUGGGCGUUCUGAGCUUUGCAAACCUGCCACUUUUGAUACUCUACUCUGGAAGAAACAACAUCUUGCUAUGGAUGACAGAUUGGUCAAGAUCAACAUUCCUGCUGAUCCAUCGUUGGAUUGCUUUCAUCUGCACUUUGCAAGCCUGUCUUCACUCUCUCAUCUACCUGGCGCUCGUGAUCUGGGAAAAAGACCAUGAGAUCAAGUCACAUUUGGCAUUUUGGUAUUGGGGCAUUAUUGCAACCUUGGCAUUCUCGCUCAUCUUUCCAUUCUCGAUUCUCCCACUCCGUCGAGUGGCGUAUGAACUAUUUUUGAUUUUACACAUCGCUUUUGCUAUCCUUGCUAUGGUUGGCUCAUGGUACCAUAUCAAGUAUCGCUAUGAUAAACAGUGGGGAUUUGAGACUUGGCUCUACAUGGCAAUGGCAAUAUGGGGCUUCGACAGGCUCAUGAGAUUAGCGAGAAUUGCCAGAUUUGGCCCGAAAAGAGCGUUUGUGACCGAAGUCGAUGAUCGCUACCUGAGAAUCGAGAUACCGAAUGUCACUUGUCGUGGACAUGCAUAUUUUUGUUUCCCGACUUUAACCUGGCGCUUUUGGGACAGUCAUCCCUUCUCAAUCAUUCCGAAAACCGACUUUCAUGAGUCUGACUUGACUGUUCAGCCCAAAAACGGCAGCAAUUCUGUCUCGGAGGCACUUCGGGCUGACACACAGCCAAAGGCGCUAUUUUCCACGCCACCUAUCUCUUUCGCGUCCGAGUCACGCGGGAUCGUGCUUUAUGUUGGAAGACACACAGGCAUGACUUCACUCCUCGCCUCCAGGGCGGGGUCAAUUCCUGGACUACCAGUUUUCAUCGAGUCAGCCCCUAGCAAUCCCCUUGGAACUGCAGGCCAUUAUCAACCAACGGCAGAGUAUCCAAACACCAUCUGCAUCGUGGGAGGUGUUGGGAUUACAGCCUUUCUGCCGUUCCUGUUGAGCCAGUCGAGUAUUCAAACAAUGGGCGCUAGAACCAAACUCUACUGGGGAUCACGAAGUCAAGCCCUGGUUGACUCUGUUCGAAGUGAGGUAGGUCUCCAGUGGAGUCACAUUGAUCAAGAAGUGUCUGUUGGUCAGAGAUUCGAUAUCAAGAGAGUCUUGUCGGAUGAGCUGCUUCAAUCUGGAAGUACCGGCACAACUGUUAUGGUGUGUGGGCCUCCGUCUAUGUCUGAUGAUGUCCGGUUUCAUGUUGCAGCCUUUGGUCGUCAUGGUGCGAAAGUUAGAUUGGCUGAUGAAAGUUUUGGUUGGUGA